AUGGGGGCGUAUCUGUCACAGCCCAACCUCGCAAAGGAUACACAAGAUGGUGAUGACGGCGAGCUGCGCUGGGGAGCGGCGGGCAUGCAAGGAUGGCGCACGGGGAUGGAGGACAGCCACCUGGCCUGUCUCGACCUCAACGGGAAGGACUCGGCGUCACCAGCAGCAGACCCGGCCAAGAAAAUCGCUGCGUUCGCGGUGUUCGAUGGUCAUGGGGGAGCGGAGGUGGCCAAGUAUUGCUCCGCGCACAUCUGUGACGUGGUGAAGGGUACGGAGGCGUUCAAGGAAGGAAACCUUGGCCUGGGCCUUAAGCAGACUUUCCUUAAGAUGGACGACAUGCUCCGAACCCCCGCUGGACAGGCGGAGCUGCUUGCGCUCAAAAAGGCAUCACAGGGGGAGGACAGCGACAGCGACGAUGGAGAAGACGAAGUGGUCGACAUGGACAUGCUGUCGAAGAUCAACCCGGAGGCCCAGAUGCAGAUCAUGGAGCAGAUGAAGAGGGCCAUGAGAGUUCAGUCAGGAGGGGGGGGGGGGGGGUACUGAGUUGUUUCGGACGGUGGGCUUUGUAAGAGUGGGGGUGUUGAUAAAUGCUUCGUAAGAAUAGUGAAGUGAAUUGCGUGACUGCAACCAACCGCGAGAUCGUGGUGCGAAAGACGCGUCUGUGUCCCGUCCCGUUUUGCUCCGGCCACACGGUUAACAGGUGUUGGUUGUGCUGCGUUCUUUUCACGGAUCAACGGUGCCCGUCGGAAUAAACCAUGGUUGUAAGUGCGCCGAAUCGUGGCUGCCCACCGUUGCUUGCUGUCGGUUUGAGGUCUGUAAUCCUUUGGGGGGGGGGGGUAGGUAACAGUGUCGAUGAUUGUGGUGGUAUAGGCCUUCGCUUCACCUGUGUUUGCAGUUCGUGGCCUAGGGAAUGAUCUCGCAAGUGGGUGAAAAUGUAGUUUUCGGUAAUAAUGAGGGUAAAUUGUUCCGAGUGCUGAGGUGUGCCGACGUCCACGUCACACACAAGGCCGUGAGCAAGGCAAACGCCAUACAAGGACCAGUCAGUGUUGAUUUAGGGGUAGCUAUUCAGGUCGUGUGAGAUGUUGUGCGGACGCGGUUGCUUGGAGUAUCUAUCCAUCGUCGACGUUCGGACCCUGCGCCAUCCAAGUUUUGCGGCGCGGCUAGGUUGCAGGCGGCAUUUCCGCCGUUGAGGUUGUGUACAAGGCAGCAGAGGAAGGAAGAGCACAGAGUUUGUUUUUUGACGGUCCAAAGUAUUGUUCCGGACUGGCUAACCAACUGACGGAAGGCACAUCAUGCAUCUAUCCGUGCUCGAAAUAUGUUCGAGCACGUGAAACUGGUGGUGGUGGUCGAUGACGUGCUUAACGUACUUGCGCUCGGUAUGACAC